UAAUUUUUAAAUACAGAGUCUUCUCCUACCUCGGGGUGGCAAGGAAGGAGAAGAAGCCACACACUCGCAAAUCAUUAAAGAAGAAGAAGAAGAAGAAGAAGAGAGGGCGUCCGUGUUCUCCCAACGCAUUCGAGGCUGCGCGCGCGCGCGCGGGGAGCCGGAGCGCCUCGCACCGCACACUCCUCCAUCCAGGACGCGAUCCGGGGCCGCCGCGGGGAAGGAGCCUCGCGGGUGGCCGGGCCGGGGGGAGCGCGCGCCCGGCUGCCAGCUGCCGCGGGACCCCGGGACACCCCACCACCCCCACCACCACCACCCCGGGAAGCUCGCGCCGGGGACCCGGAGCGCUGCGCACCGCCCGCCGCACUCCCAGGAAGAUUCCCCCCGGACGCCGGCGAGCCGCGACGGCCCCGGCGGGCGCUGAGCUCGGCGCUGCGGGCCAAGCCCCCCCCGGGGGGGCUGGGUCGCCCCACCUGCGCCCCGGCCGGCCCCGCGUCCCCGCCCGCCCCCCCUCCCCCCCCCGGCACCGUGGACCCUCUUCCAGUCGGCGGCGCCCACCGCUCCAAGUUAAAUGCUCCCCGGCUAUCUCGCUUUUUUUGUGUGUUUGUUUAAUUUGAUUUUUAGAGAGAGAGAGAGAGAGAGCAAGCUUUUGGCGAUCUUGGAAAAGCCUCAGACGCCAUCUACAGUUAAAACGUAGGUAACGGCCCUCUCCGGCACCCCCUCCUUCCACGCCCCCCACCCUUUCCACCAAAAAAAAAAAAAAAAAGAAAGAAAGAAAAAAAAGAAAAAGGGGGUGCCUUCAGAUCGUGGCUGCCGCGCAGCGAGCCGGCGGGCCGGGGCCGAGCUCCUUUUUUGUUGUUGUUCGGUUUCCAACGCGCCGGGAACGAGUCGCCGCCGUGCGCUCCCGAAGACCCGGCCAACUCCGGCGGGGCUCCUCUGCCCGGGACUGCGGCUCCGCCAGCCCGCCCGCCCGCCCGCCCGCCCGGGGCUGCGCUCGGAACCCCGAGCCCGGCUGCAGCCGCCCGCAGCCCGGCUUCCUCCUGCUCCUCCUCCUCCUCCUCCACGUCGGACCCGGAGGGACGGGGACACGCCGCCGAGCGCGCGGAGCCUGCGCCUCGCCGGCGGCGGCCGCUCGGGGCUAACAAAAGGACCGGACCGCCGGCCGCCGGAGCCCGGGCCCGGGACCCCGCGGGGCGCCCGCCCGCCCGCCGCACCUCCUCGGCGGGGAGGGGGAGGCUCCCUCCUCCAGGUCGCCCCUCGCCGCUCCCCUCCUCCUCCCGGGCUCCGGCGCUCUCGCUCCCGUUCGCUCUCUGAACCCGUGGCUCCGAGGUGCCCGCCGGCCGCCCUCGCCGGGGACUCCGGGGUCUGCGCUCCCGCCGGCGUCGGCGUCCGUCCGUCCGUCCGCCCGCCCGUGUGUCUGCGGGGCGCGAUCGCACACCCAUGAACAUACACAGGUCCACCCCCAUCGCCAUAGCCAGGUAUGGGAGAUCGCGGAACAAAACCCAGGAUUUCGAAGACUUGUCCUCCGUGAGGUCCGCCGCCGAGCCCAGCCAGAGUUUCAGCCCGAACCUCGGCUCCCCCAGCCCGCCCGAGACUCCCAACUUGUCGCAUUGCGUUUCCUGCAUCGGGAAAUACUUAUUGUUGGAGCCCGUGGAGGGGGACCACGUUUUCCGCGCCGUGCAUCUGCACAGCGGAGAGGAGCUGGUGUGCAAGGUAUUUGAGAUCAGCUGCUACCAGGAAUCUCUGGCCCCGUGCUUUUGCCUGUCUGCCCAUAGCAACAUCAACCAAAUCACCGAAAUCCUCCUGGGGGAGACCAAAGCUUAUGUGUUCUUUGAGCGGAGCUAUGGAGAUAUGCACUCUUUUGUUCGCACCUGCAAGAAGCUGAGGGAAGAGGAGGCGGCCAGACUGUUCUACCAGAUCGCCUCUGCCGUGGCCCACUGCCACGACGGGGGCCUGGUGCUGCGAGACCUCAAGCUGCGGAAAUUCAUCUUUAAGGAUGAGGAGAGGACUCGGGUCAAGCUGGAGAGCCUGGAAGAUGCCUACAUCCUCCGGGGAGAUGACGACUCGCUGUCCGACAAGCAUGGCUGUCCUGCCUACGUCAGCCCAGAGAUCUUGAACACCACUGGCAGCUACUCGGGCAAGGCGGCGGACGUGUGGAGCCUGGGCGUCAUGCUCUACACCAUGUUGGUGGGGCGCUACCCUUUCCAUGACAUUGAGCCCAGCUCCCUCUUCAGCAAGAUCCGCCGCGGCCAGUUCAACAUUCCAGAGACCCUGUCGCCCAAGGCCAAGUGCCUCAUCCGCAGCAUCCUGCGACGGGAGCCCUCGGAGCGGCUGACCUCGCAGGAAAUCCUGGGCCAUCCUUGGUUUUCUACAGAUUUUAGUGUCUCGAAUUCGGGAUACGGUGCUAAGGAAGUGUCUGACCAGCUAGUGCCAGAUGUGAACAUGGAAGAGAACUUGGACCCUUUCUUCAACUGAGCUCACGGCCCUUGGAGACUCGGCAGGUACCAGGAGUGAGAGAGGGCCCCCACCAAGGGAGUUCUUCUGGGGACACCAAUGGCCUGGCUGGGCAGCAAGACAGACAAACAGAUGCUCGCACUCGUACGUUUCUUGGUUCAGAAGAGAAAAACUUUGAAGUUGCUGAUUAAACAUGUAGCACUGGGGCGAAAGAUGUCACGGGGCAGGGGCUGGGGUCUCUUGGGUGGGAGCCCCCCCCCAAGCUUCUCUUCCCCGAUUGUGGCCUGGGAGACUCUCCCCUUCCCUCUCCCCCAACCCUUUACCAGUUGGGCCCCUCCCACCUACCCCACUUUUCAUUUUGUUCAGAUAGUUGCAGAUCUUGAUAGAAUGGAAACUCUGCCUCAAACACACAUCUUGGCAUUGCACUGUUAGCAUUUAACUUUCGUUAUGAUUCAGGGAAGAAGGAACAAUUGGCUGAGGAUUUUUGUUUUGUUUUGUUUCGUUCGUUUGUUUUUGAAACAAGCCAACCACCUACAAUUACUGAAAAAUAAUUAGAAAAUAAUUCGGUGCACACAGACUGAUGGGAAACCUGGGUGCUAAAUUAAAAGAAAAGAGAAGUUCAGUUGGUAUCUCGUAAUCUCUCUCUUCAACACAUUUCUUCCAAAUAAACUAUUUAAUAUCCUGGCUAGGAAAUGACAUGUGAAUGCUUUCUCCCUACAGGACAAAACUCUGUACUAUUCACAGACGGUUCUGUUUCAUUUCAGUUGGCUGGUGGCAGGAAGCUAUUAGCAGUCGAACUUUCAGAUGCAUUACAUUAUUAUCAUGCUCUAAAAGGGGAAGCGGAAGGAGAAUUCUAGCUCCUUUUUGACUUUGUUCUUUUGAACGAUGAAAAACUCUCCUCUUGGCUCACAUGCCAGGAAAGCCCAAGAGGGCAGUGAGCUCCUGGGGACGUUCUAAUCUCAAAACUAAACAUUUUGUCUUUGUUUUAUAGGAAACUAGUGAAACCAGGCAGGUUGUCCCACAUGUAUAAAAUACAGGGCAGCUACUUAGUUUUCUUUAACGAAGAAUGAUCCUUUGGCUUGGAAGGCCCUCUGGUUAGGACAGAAAAAGCGGGAAGGAUAAAUAAGCUGAAAGCUAGGGUGAUAUAAAUACACAAACAGUUAUCUAUAUCCCAAUACGCACCUUUGUGUUUUCAAGAACUCCUCUAUUUAUUAAGGAAAAUGUCACAUUGUGAUGUAUUAAAUAUAAGCCAGUACUUCAAUUACGGGUCGACUUGGGAUAACAUGUUACAUGCUGUAGUUAACAUUUUAUAAUCCCCCCCUCCCUUGUUUGGAGUAUUUCUGUCCCUAAAAUAACCUUUUUUUUAUUAUUUGGCUUUUCUAGAUAGCUUUAUUUGAUUUCUCGAGUGGCAAAAUGUUUUUUUUUAAUUAUUAUUGUUAUUAUUAUUAUGGCUUUUUCUAUUGCUGUAUGAUACAGAACUCCUUUGGCAUAAAUAUUUGUGUUUCCAGUACCUCAGUUGUUCGGAUUUUACUGCCUGUAUAUGUUUUGUGAAAUGGUCCUGUUUUUGGGGUAGGUGUCACGUGGACUCUAGUGUGUAAAUGUUACUUGAAUUUGUGCUUCAUUAUAGUGCGUGGCAUGUAUGUGCAGACUCUUGGAUGCUUCACGCCUGCUUCGUUGGAGCCCCCACCCCCCACCCCAGGAGGGCAGCUUCCGUAUUCAUAAUCACGAGACAAGGCAACCAUGGAUUUACCCUGGAUUCUAUUUUGAUAAUGGAAGAUAGAGAGGAGAGAGGGUUUUUACAUUCUGAAGACGGUGCUGUGUCAAGAAGGACCUUGGUGGUUCCCUUCCCUCUCCCCCUAUUUUUUAAGUACCCCGGUAGGAGAAGGAUGGGUGACGUGCAUGGUGGAUCUAUGGCCUCUGGUGCUUUGUCCUGUAUUUGGUUUAAUGUUUUUGUCCUAAUCUCUUCAAUCAAUAAAAUUGUGCGUAUUUAACUAAAA